AUGGAGGACUUCAAGUUUUUUGCAGAAUUUAUGGAAAAAUUGUUAGCAGAAAAGGGUACAGGUGCUAUGACAGCGAAUGUUCUAUUGAAAAGAGUAGAUGAAGGGAUGGACACCAUGCUCGACAAUGUGCAAGACAACACAAUGUAUGAAGAGGAACUUUGUGCGAAAAAGGAAGACCAUAGUAGCAGGGAAAUAUUGGAUGAUACAAGUAAAAAUUUGUGUAAAAUUUUAAUCAGAUUAUUCUACUGGAUUGGUGGAUUAAGACAAGCGGGUAUUAAGGAGGUUGGGAAGGGAAACAUGUGGGUAUGGACAGAAGAAGUGUUGACGAAGGCAGAUGAGAAACAGGUGCAAGAUUAUUUAAGGUGUAUAAUGGGUAAAAUACUUAUAGUAAAACUGUUAGCAGCACAUUGUGAUCCAAGCAAAGUGCUCCCAAUUGUGCAGGAGGCAAUUAACCAUAAAAUAAGUGGUGAAAAUGUAAAGGCGAAGCAUGAGAAAUGCAAAGGAAUGGAUUUUAAAAGUUUAAGUAUUGGGCAGAAAUUUUUUUGGGGUGAAAUAAAAGAGUCAAUAAAGAAUGAUAAGCAGCGUAGAGGGGAAACUCUUGGAAAAUUAAUUAGGGGGGAAAAAGGAUGUGAAGGUCGAGCAGAGGACAAGUGGAAGAAUAUUGGUGAGAUACUUGGUUUAAAGGAGGGUGGUAAACUCAUAGAAUUGAACACUGAUAGUAAUACGCUGCCAAAGAAAGCAUUGUCCAAAGCGCUAUGUUACAUGCGGCAUAAGCGCGACAUUAGGGAAAUAGAGAAAAUCUUACGGGAAGUUCACGAUCAGGUGGACAGAAAAUAUAAGGGGUCAGCAAAAGGAUCUGGGGAGACAGGGUCAGGAGGUACGCGUGCAGACGCUCUUGACGAGUGCGAAGAUAUCGUGGAAGAUGAUUCUCCCCGCGGAUCUGCAGUUUACUCUGCCGUCACUCCUUUGCAUAAAUCACCAGAACCCGCAUCAACUGGUGCACAGGAACCAGCUACAAUAUCACAGGCAGCCGCUCCUGAAGUACAAACACAACCAAGUGUAUCUUCCACUUCGGCUUCAAGCUCAAGUUCCUCUUCCCCCAGUAGUUUAAGUAGUUCAAGUUCAAGUUCUUCUUCAGCUUCAGUUUCUGGAUCUUCUGGAGGUGGUAGUGGUGGCGGCACUGGUACUAGUACUGGUGCUGGUCAGGGACCAGGUCAAGGUCCUGGUCCACCACAACAACCACCCCCCCCACCUCCGCCACAACAACAACAGAGUGGUCAACAAGGUAACCAAUCACCUUCAACACCAUCAGCAUUAUCAACACCUGUUACAACAUCAACACAAAUACCAACAACACCAUCGCAAUCAUCACCAUCACAACCCACUCCUCAAGGACCAUCAUCAUCACAACAAUCUCCUCCUGUCGUUCCAGCACCAGCCCCUAUUGGAACUCCUGUUAAUGGUGGUGGUGUUGGUGGUGCUGCUGCUGAAGGGGCCGGUAUAGAGGGCGGUUUAGUAUCAGGUGGUGGUGGUGGUGGCAGCGGUACUGGUAGUAGUGAACUUAAUGCUUCUAGUGCUGGCAGUCCGGGCGGACCUCAAGCAAAUCCUUCACCACAAACGGAAGGUGGUGGUGGUCCCACCGCUGCUAGUGCCAGUAGUGGUCCGGGUGCUGGUGGGGUUGUACCUGGUGUUCCAGGGGUAGGUGGUGUCCCGGGGGUUGGUACUCCAGAAGCUGCACCUGCGGCUGGUACUCUUCCUGGUCCAGGUGGUGCUGCUGGUGCUGGUGACAGUAGUGGUCCGGCUGCUGCGGCAGCAGGACAGAAUAAUGCUGUGAGUACAACGGAUAAUGGACCUUCUGCUGGUCAAAUAUUUCGCGCUGUAGGAAGAGGAAUUUCUAACAUAUUAGGCUCAAUAUUUUCAAAUGCACUGUCCCCCCUUGUAAAUAUCACCACAGUUCCCUCCGCCCUUCUCGAUUCAGUUUCCCGUUCAGCUGGUCCCGUUAUAAAGCAAGCUGCAGAAGCUCAAGAAGCUGCAAAAGCUGAAGCAGCUGCAAAAGCUGAAGCAGCUGCAAAAGCUCAAGAAGCUGCAGAAGCUGCAAAAGCUCAAGAAGCUGAUCCGGUGGCUCCGGCAGCAGCACCCCCUGCUCCUGCUCCCGUUAAUGGUGGAAGCGCCGAUUCUGGUACUUCACCAAAUUCUCAUGGUGGUACUGCAAGUACUGGUGCUGCUGCUGAUCCAGGAUCUCCUGCUGGGGGCGGUGGUACCGGUGGUGGUGGUAGUGGUCUCAGUGGUACCACAACGAGUGACGGUAGUCCAGGCGGACCUGAAGCGAAUCCUGUCCCCACUACUCCAAAUAUUACAUCCGUGGAGCCACACAUCACGCCUGUUACAACAUCAACACAUGUAUCAUCGCCAACAUCACCAGUAAUAACGGCGCAUGUAACAUCAUCACAGCAUCCACCAUCACCAACAUCACCAUUAACACCUAUUUCAACGGGAGCUGGCACUGCUGGCGGAAAAGGACGUCAGAGCAGGACAUCACAUGGAGGUAAAACUCCACGUGGCCCGAAGGUUGUGGAAUGGGAUAUAAGGAAUGUAAAGGAUGUUAUCAUCCCCUAUAUUCCAAUAAUUCCUGUUGUAUUAGGUGUUUCUGUAUUUGGUUUCCUUUUUUUUAAGUAUUUUGGAUUUUCUGGUCGGCAAAAACGACGUUCCCGACGUGCGGCACAAAUACCGAGGAGUCCUCCCCCUUUGGAAGAACAUAUGGAAAAAGGCGCUCUAACCAUAUCAUAUGCACCUUCUCAGUAUUAUAUGGUUAGAAGACGCCAUCCUCUAUUUAGUACGGAAAGGCAGCGAGCAAAAAAACAUAUCUUAAAAGGAAUAAGCGAAAAAACUAUUAUUCAUGUUCACUUGGAGGAAGUAAAUGAAUACAAGAACCAAGAACAAAACUAUGGGUCGCCGCCAUUAAUGGAUAAAGUCGAUUUUCUUCAAAUCAUCGUGGAGGAAUUUAUGGGAUCCGCAUAA